CAAAAAAUAAAAAAUAAAAGCUGUCGCUGAUCGUUUCAGACUUUGCAGUGCCAGAGGUGACGAGCGUCAAGUUCUGAAACGGCCAUAGAGAGCAAGAAAGGGUGAAGCAGAGAGCAAAGGGGAAGAGAAAACCCUAGAAGUAUUAUUCUGAUCACGCUCCAUAACCAUGGAGAAGUGGCAGAGCUCGCGGCCAUGGAGUAAGAAGAUUAACGGGUCAUCAGUAAUGGCGAGGUCCGAUUAUAACGACGUUUUCGGCUUGCGGCCAUGGCACGCGACACCCUUUUCUCGGCGACUUGAUGAUUAUUCUGAAAUAUUUGAUGUCGCAGACGCCGCCUCCACAAUCCCUGUGCUCGACCUUUCUGUGGUUGAAAAUGACUUCGAGAAGACGGGCGGCGACAGCGCUGGCGUUGACUAUUUAGAUAUAUUUGGAAGUAUUGGUGGUGGAGGCUCGGUGGCUUCGUACGAUGAGUUGAUCGCGGAAGCGAAGAUUUCGGGGGAUUGUUCUUCGGAGGGGAGGACUCGGCGGCAUAUAUUGUGUGAGAAACAGGGGAAAGAAACUUCAGAAUACCCACUAAAAACAUAUACUGCUAAUGAUAAGCCAAAUUUGAAGAUGAACCCAUUCUUGUCAUUUCCUAGAUUGUCAGAUGACUCUAGUUCAGACAAAUCCAGCAUGUUGCAGCACAGAAUGAGUAGGAAAAAAUUUGAUGAUGUAAUAAGUGAUAAAACACAUAAUGGUAAACUUGAUUCUAUUCCUGGAUGCUCUAGUGUUGAUGCAAGUGAUCCUGUACAGGAGAGUAAAAACAAAGCAGAGGAGUUUGAAUGUGCUUCCCUUCGAGAAGCUCCCAGAAAUGAGAAAGACAACUCCCAAUUUUAUAGCUCUCAUCAAACAUCAAGCGGGCAUAUACUGUUAAAUGAUGUUCCACACUUGAAGGUAUCAGAAAUUGGUCUUCAGACUAAGCCUUUUAAAGGGCCACCGCCUUCAAGACCACCUCCUCCAUUGUCAAUGAAGCCAGAGCAUCCAAAAGUCUCAGGCACUGAUUCCAGUGUGGAUUUCGACGAACAACAUUCUCUGAAAUCCAAGGUGCAUAGUCUGCUGCAUUCCAGCAAUGAAGCUACAAUUGAUGAAUCUAUGAAAGGCUGCUCAUUCUUACUUGAUGCUGAGAUGGAUCCUAAUUCAGCUGCUGCAGUUUCUAUAGCUGCUAUAAAAGAGGCAAUGGAACAAGCUCAAAUUCUACUGACAAAUGCGAAGAAAAUGAUGGAUAGAAAACGUGAUAAAUCACAUUGUAAGAUUGGCCCGCCUAAAACUAUGUGUAAUAAGGAUGAUGGAACCGCUUCUGAGGUAACUGUGAAAGAUUGUAGUAAUGUGAUAGAUGCAAGUAAUUUGCUAAAGGAGAGUAAUAUGAUUAGUGAAUGUACUUUUGUAGAAAGGGAAGAAAUCAGGACUGGAGUGAAAAUAAUUUUGAAUGAUGAGGAUAGAAAGAUGCUACCUUCUUCAUACAGAAAUGAACAGAAGCAGGUGAGUAAAGAGAAUGCAUCUAAAUCAUUUGUGGAAAGGGGAGAAAUUGGGACUACAGGGAAAGUACCUUUGAGUAUCGAGGACAGAAAAAUGCAACUUUCUCCAUACAAAAAGGACCAACAACAAGUGAGAAAAGAGAAAGGAUCUGAAUCAUCUGAAGUGACCUUUAAAAUAGUUGACAUAGCUGAGGAAUGGAAGACGGAUAAGGAAUAUUAUGAACUACUAAAAAAUGAUAGAUUUUUGAAUAUAUUCAGUGACAUCUGCUCUUAUGUAGAUGAAAAAAAAGAAAAAACAGCCAUCUGUUAUUGUGAAGACAGAGACAAAUAUAGUAAAGAUUCUGAACACGCUAUUGAAGUUGAAGAGAAACAGAAAUCGAUGGAAGGUAGUGUCUGCAUUGAAAAGUUAGAAAGAAAUAUCAAGUUAAAAGGUCCUUGCCUGGAUUGGAAGGAGAAGGCUAAUGAGAAUUUAGCAGAUUCAACUAUGGAUGAAAUUCUGCUUAAAGGCCAUACCUGUGAACUUGAAGAGUAUUAUGGUUCCUUUUUGUCUGAUGAAAAUCGGAUGCAGAGCGAGGCCCACGCAGAUAACAACAAUGAGGACAAUGUUAAAAAACUUGGUUCUGUUGUGGAUUAUCGUCUGCAUGAAGAGAAUAUAAAGAAAUUACAAAAUUUUAAUUUUGAUUUCAAACCUUGGGUAGCUAAUGGAUAUUCUGAAGAAAAAGAGUUGCAGUGUGCUGAAAGAGUCUCUGGUUUUGUGGAAUAUAGAAGGAAAUUCAAUGGCAUUCAAGUAAAGUAUGGAGUAAACGAAAGCGAUAAAGAAGUGAAAGUUCAAAAUGAAACUUUUUUCCAAGACAUUUUUGAGAAUAAAAUUAAAGAGCCGGAUGAGUUGUGCACAUUUAAUACAACCGACAAAGAGGAAGUAGAUGAAGAAAUUAAACCACGCAACAGUUAUGAGAAUGAAACAGGACAUUUGAAACAUCAGUACUAUGACAAUGCAGAUAGACGCAAGAUUGAAGGGAGUGAUGAUGCAGCAGAGAAGGAGGUUGAUGAAUUUGAAACAAAAGAGAAGGCUCACAUGUUAGUGAAAAAUGAGCUUGAACGAGGAGCUAUUCAAGAUGGACAUGGGUUGGUACUGUCCGAAGAGCAAGAAAAAAUAAAAAAUACAGAGUUCGAGAAGAUAUUAAACUCUAGAGAAGAAAUCUCUUGUAAAGAUUGCAGCGAAGAGGAAACUAAAGAGGCUCAAACUACACUCCAGAAAGAUGAGGAAUCAAUGGGAGCUCUCAUGAAUAAUGGCGUGAACAAGUCUGAAUUCCUUGCAUCAGCUGAGGGUGUUAGUGGUCAAAGAGUGAGUGAGAACAUAACAGAAGUUCCCAUGCUUUUGGAAACUCAGAUCAGUGCAAAUUCAGCUGAUGAGGCUCACCAGUUGGGUGAGAUUGAUGAAUCAGAUACCAGAAAGGUCUUUUUGUCAGGAAAUGAACGCAUCUUGCUACCAGAUGCAACAGAAAUUUCUCAUGUUGAGAAGGCCGUGAAUCAUAAACAUUCUUUAUGCAUCGAUGUUGAGGAAAAUAAAAGUAAUAUGGAUGUAGUAAAGGAAAAGGGACGAGAGCCAGAAGCACACCUAGAAGACAAAGCCCUGGAUAGAGAAAAAGAAAGAGAAAGGAUUGCUGCAGAAAGAGUAAACUAUGAAACUCAUCAACAGGUACUUGCUGAAGCCCGUGUAAGGGCAGAAAGAAUUGCAGUAGAAAGAGCAACGGCUGAAGCAAGACAAAGAGCACUUGCAGAAGCCCGACAAAAAGCAGAAAAAGCUGCUGAAGCUGAGAAGGCUUUCAGGGAGGCAAGAUUGAGAGCUGAACGUGUUGCAGUUGAGCGAGCGACAGAAGAGGCUCGUAAGCGUGCCAUUGAGAAAGCCUUAGCUGAGAAAGCUGCAGCAGAUGCAAGACAGCGUACAGCCCAACUUAGUGCCUCUAAUAAGGAUAUGUUGAGAAAAGAUAAUAAAACAGAGCAUUUUAAGGCUACUCAUAUGAAGGAUGAUUCUGAAGCAAAGCACAAACCCAGUUUUGCUAAAAUUCAACGGAAUACACAAUCUCAAAGUGCUGCAAGUUCUGCAAAUGAUCACAUAUAUUCCGAUUCUCGCAAUAAUGGUGGAGCCGAAUCAAAGCUGAAGUUUAAAGAAAGACAAGAGAGGCAACAACAGACAGUUGAGCGUGCUGCAAAAGCAUUUGCUGAAAGGAACAUGCGUGAUAUUGUUGCUCAAAGAGAACAGGCAGAACGGGUGGAACGUGAUAGGUUGGCAGAAUCACUAGAUGGUGAGGUGAAGAGGUGGUCAAGUGGAAAAGAUGGGAACUUACGUGCGUUGUUGUCAACGCUUCAAUAUAUCCUUGGCCCUGACAGUGGUUGGCAACCAAUUCCUCUAACGGAUAUAAAAAAUGCAACAGCUGCAAAGAAAGCUUAUCGGAGGGCUACUCUCUGUGUUCAUCCAGAUAAACUGCAACAAAGGGGUGCUUCCAUUCAACAGAAGUAUAUUUGUGAAAAGGUGUUUGAUCUCCUCCAGGAAGCUUGGAACAAGUUUAAUUUAGAGGAGCGAUAGCAGAGUCCAGGUACUUCACUUCCCACUAUUAAAGUUUUGGCCAUUUUGAGUCAUCUCAAAGAAUAGUAAUUGUUUCAUAUAUGCCGCUGUCCUUAAAUUUUGACGAGAGGGCAAAUGUUCAUGCUCCUUGAAAUGAUAUUUUGUAUUUUUUUCAUUUUUAAAUUUAUUGGAAAUUAUAUAUAUUUAUUUCCUCUUAAAUUUCUGCCCUGAAGAAAUUAUUACCUUUUAUUGCUAAGAAAUUGAAUGCCAGGCAUUAAGCUUGGCGGACUGUAAAAGAAUUGGGCAGUGCUGUCUUUUGUACAUUCACCAUUUUUAAUUGUUCAUUUACU